GGGACGAGCCUGGGGAUGGAGCCUCCCCCCUCUUCCUCCAAAGGCUGAGAGUCCAGCGUCCCGCAGCCCGGGAUCAAAACCCGCACCCGGCUCGCUGGGGACGGGCCCACCUGCCCACUCGCAGGUCUCCAACGCCGGGCGGGCCCCGCCGCGCGACCCCGGGCCCCGACCCCAUUCCUCGCAUUAGUCGGGGGCGGGCGUGACGGACUCACAAGGACUCCAGGUGCUUGAGCUGCUGCAGCUGCUGCGCGUCGUGCCGCCGCCGCCUCUGCUCCCGGCGGCGCUGCAGCUCUUGCUCCGGAGGCUCCCGCGGCCGCCGCGCGCCCCCUGCCCCCGCGUCGUCGCGCCCGUGUCCGGACGACAUCGCGGCCCCGCGCGGCGCGGCUGAAGCGGCCCCGUGCGGCGCGGCUGAGGCGGCCGGCGCGGCGAAGACGGUACUUCCUCUGCGCUGCGCACGCCUAGCCCCGCAGCGCCCCCUCCCGCUGCCGCUCCGCGUCCCGCCGGGCCGAGCCGGGUGUCCGCUCUGCGGCCGCCUGCACCGUGCAGCCCGAAGGCCACCGCGGCCUCAAGUUGUUGAUCGGAGCGCCGGGUCCUGCAGUCAGGUCGGCUGGUGCCGGAGGCCGGAGCGCGCCCCCUGGCGGCGUCCAGGAGUCUCGGUGCUGAGGACGCUCUGUCGGGACCCUGAGCCAGUUCUGCGCGUGGCUGAGCCCCUCUCCGGGUCGGGCGCCUCCCCUCGAGAUCUUCGUCCCUGGAGGCCGGGAAACCUGUGCAAAUAAUGAGGCCCAGAGAGUUAACUGACAUGCCCAAGGAAACAGAACUAGUAGGUCAUGGAGCCAGGAUGCAAAACUGUAAGGUGCUUAACUAGGUUGUGCUUUGAAACUGUAUCUGAUAUAUAAUUUUUUCAGCCUUGAAAUAAUGGAAGAAGCUGCAGAGGAAUUAAAAAUAACUGCAUAAGGGAAAUGCUUGCCAAAAUAUUCAGUUGUUAAUAACCCAAAGUGAAGAGCUCUUUCAAAUUUAUUCAAGAAAACACAAACACACAGAAGCUAUGCACAGACAUGUGAAAUUAUGCUGAUAUAUGUUCUGGAACUUGGAAAUGACCUCUUCCUCUAAGAAUGAAGCCAAUUAAAAUUGUUGCAUGAAUGUAUGAUUCAGCCAUUCAUGUGUAACAGAUCAGGACCCUGUGGGGGCCUUUCGGGAUAGACCCCUCCCCCAUAUACUCUGCUAUAGCUCCUGUUGGAAGUACCCAGAUAAUAGUAUCUCAUGCAUAUUUCCUGAGUUUUUCAUUUGGUAAAAACCACAAGUGGAAGAAAUUAACUACUUGAUGAUCAUGAGCCCCAGCCCCCAGACCUUCUGGCACCUAAGGAUUGAUAAUGUUAGAUUAACCACCCAGUUACCUCAACAUCAACCAAUCAGAGAGUUGUGCAGUAGCUGAUCACAUACCCUGGGACGCCCCUCCCUCACCUUGCCUUUAAAACUGCUUUGGUGAAACUCUUCAGAGAGUUCAGGGUUUUUUUUUUUUUGAGCAUGAGCAACCAGUUCUCCUGGCAUGGCCUUGCGAUAAACCUUUCUCUGCUCCAAGCUCCAACAUUUGCGUUUGUUUGGCCUCACUGUGUGUCGGGCACACAAACUUGCGCUCGAUAACGAUGGAAGUUACCUGGGCCAAUAAAUGACCUGUAUGAUAUCUUAUAAGACAUCCAAAUCCAGUCAAGAAGGAGGAUAUAGUCUUUGGAAGCUGUGAUUUACAAACAAAGAAAAUGUAAUUGUGUUGCAGAAAGAAGUUGGUCUACAGAAUCAAGAAGAAAACCAAGGGAAAGCAAUCAGGUAGUGUUUUUCCAGCGCUGUUGUUAUAGAACAGCACGUUCCGGGUGUCCUACGCACAGUUCAUAUUCCUUCCUCUUCAAGGUAACAAUGUACUGGGUCAGCAGCACCCCAGCCACCAGGGCGCACACACUGGCGCUUGCUACCGCGCUCACCCUCGCCAUGGCCGCUUGGUCCAUGGACGGGGCCUCCUGCGCCUCCGGAUCAAGAGAAGAGGUCGCUGGGUGGCUCGGGCCUCGGAUGCUCCGCCCCAGAGACCAACCCAGACGCCCCGCCCCGCGCCGCCCGAGCCCCGCCUCCUAGGAAAGCCCCACCCACGAGCGGCGGGAACUGAGAAAGGAGUGGGAGGGGCAUGGCUUGCGUCCCCGCCGGGGAGCGGGAGGUGGGUCUUCCUCAGAACCCGCGUCUAAGGAACUGUAUAAGAACAGAAAAGGGGAGUCGAAUUAAUUCUCUCUCUUUCUCUGCUAAUGAAGACCGGGCAGUAGUUCAUUCUAGCUCCGCCCAGUAGAAAUCUGAUUCCAAACAUCACUCAGAAAAAAAUCCUCCGCCUUCCUCUCUCCUGACACUCAGGACUACAACCCCCAGAAGGCAUCGGGGCUCAGCUAUCUGACUUGCGCAGUAGCGUUCGUUGUAAAGUGCUAUGACAACAGGGCGGAGAUGGCUUGGAGUUAGGCUUGAGUGGGUAGGUGUCCCUUCCGCCGCUGCUGUCCUUUUUCUGCUAUAUCCCACUCACUGCCUCCUUCAUCAUUUCCUCCUCUUUGUGAGCAGCAGGUCUUACCGCUGUUCUUUCCUGCCUGAUAUCUGCAACGGGAUUGAUGCCGUUUUUCCUGCUUGUCUCUGAGGGUGACAGAGAGGGGAUGCAGGAGAGCUACUUGGUGGGAUCGCUCCAGCUCCGUGGAGCUGGUGGUGCCAGCUGGUGAGGCGCUGUCUUUGCCUGGGACGUGAAACAAGUUGGAUCAGGAGAACGAGAGGGAGAAGUAAGGGUUGCUUUUUCCUGCACCGUCCGUUCUUGCUCGUCGUUCCAGCCCUGGAAUCCUGGCAGACGUUCUUAAAGGGAAAUCGGUGGAAGGAGAGUUCGAAGAAAGGUGGGGCAGGACCCACCUGACUCGGCAUCGGAGCGAACGAAAAUGUCUUUAUUUAAAGCCCGUGAUUGGUGGUCUACUGUUCUGGGAGAAAAAGAAGAAUUUGAUCAAGGCUGUUUGUGUUUGGCUGAUGUUGACAAUACUGGAAAUGGACAAGAUAAAGUAAUUGUGGGUAGCUUUAUGGGAUACCUAAGGAUCUUUGAUCCUCAUCCUGUAAAAACAGGAGAUGGAGCUCAAGCUGAAGAUUUGCUUCUGGAAGUGCAUCUACGAGAUCCAAUACUGCAAGUGGAAGUAGGAAAGUUUGUUUCAGGUACUGAAAUGCUUCAUUUGGCUGUGUUGCAUUCUAGAAAACUGUGUGUCUACUCUGUCUCAGGAAGCUUGGGUAAUGUGGAACAUGGGACCCAAUAUCAGAUCAAAUUGAUGUAUGAACAUAAUCUUCAGAGAACAGCCUGCAAUAUGACUUAUGGAUCAUUUGGUGGUGUAAAAGGUCGCGAUUUAAUUUGUAUCCAGUCUAUGGAUGGAAUGCUGAUGGUGUUUGAGCAGGAGAGCUAUGCUUUUGGAAGAUUUCUCCCUGGUUCUCUUUUACCUGGCCCUCUUGCUUACAGUUCCCGUACAGAUUCCUUCAUUACUGUUUCAUCCUGCCGACAAGUGGAAAGUUACAAAUACCAAGUACUUGCUUUUGCAACGGAUGCAGAUAAAAGACAAGAGACUGAACAGCAAAAACUUGGUUCUGGAAAAAGACUAGUUGUGGAUUGGACUCUAAAUAUUGGAGAGCAAGCCCUUGAUAUAUGUAUUGUCUCUUUCAAUCAGUCAGCAUCUUCUGUUUUUGUUCUUGGUGAGAGAAACUUUUUUUGCCUUAAGGAUAAUGGACAAAUUCGAUUUAUGAAGAAACUUGAUUGUAGCCCAAGUUGUUUUCUCCCAUAUUGCUCAGUUUCUGAAGGAACAAUAAAUACUUUGAUUGGAAACCAUAAUAACAUGUUGCAUGUUUAUCAGGAUGUGACAUUGAAGUGGGCCACUCAACUUCCCCACAUUCCUGUAGCAGUAAGAGUGGGCUGUUUACAUGAUUUAAAGGGAGUGAUAGUCACUCUCAGUGAUGAUGGUCACUUGCAGUGUUCAUACCUGGGGACAGACCCUUCUUUGUUCCAAGCUCCAAAAGUUGAAUCUAGAGAACUAAACUAUGAUGAACUUGAUAUAGAAUUGAAAGAACUUCAGAAAAUCAUCAAAGAUGUUAACAAAUCACAAGGUGUAUGGCCUAUGACCGAGAGAGAAGAUGACCUGAAAGUCUCUGCCGUGGUUUCUCCUAACUUUGAUUCAGUAUCUCAAUCUACUGAUGUUGAAGUGGGAGCUGACCUUGUCCCUUCAGUCACAGUGAAGGUCACACUGCAGAAUCGAGUGACAUUACAAAAGAUCAGAUUAUCGGUCUAUGUACAACCACCUUUAGUAUUGACUUGUGAUCAGUUCACCUUUGAAUUUAUGGCACCAGAGAUGACUAGAACAGUAGGCUUUUCUGUUUAUCUGAAAGGAAGUUAUUUACCACCUGAACUGGAGGGAAAUGCUGUUGUUUCUUAUUCCAGACCUACAGGCAUUCCUCGAGUUAGCCAAUGUAAGUUUAGACUUCCCCUGAAAUUAAUCUGCUUACCAGGCCAGCCUUCAAAAACUGCAAGCCACAAACUAACUAUUGAUACCAACAAAUCUCCAGUCAGUCUUCUCAGUCUCUUUCCAGGCUUUGCCAAUCAGUCAGAAGAUGAUCAGGUGAAUGUAAUGGGUUUUCGCUUCUUAGGAGGUUCCCGAGUUACUCUUCUUGCUUCCAAAACCUCUCAACGAUAUCGCAUCCAGAGUGAACAAUUUGAGGAUCUUUGGCUCAUAACAAAUGAGCUUAUUAUCCGCCUUCAGGAAUAUUUUGAAAAACAGGGAAUCAAAGAUUUCGCAUGUUCUUUUUCUGGAUCUAUGCCCCUUCAAGAAUAUUUCGAGUUGAUCGAUCAUCAUUUUGAGUUGCGGAUAAAUGGUGAAAAAUUAGAAGAACUCUUAUCUGAAAGAGCUGUACAAUUUCGGGCCAUUCAACGCCGGCUAUUAACAAGGUUCAAAGAUAAAACACCUGCUCCUCUCCAACACCUGGACACCUUGCUAGAUGGAACUUACAAGCAGGUAAUCUCUCUAGCAGAUGCAGUAGAGGAAAACCAAGACAAUCUGUUCCAGUCAUUCACCAGGCUGAAAAGUGCCACCCAUUUGGUGAUUCUGCUGAUCGGGCUGUGGCAGAAGCUUAGUGCCGACCAGAUUGCUAUCCUGGAAGCGGCAUUUCUGCCACUGCAGCAGGACACUCAAGAAUUGGGCUGGGAAGAAACGGUGGAUGCUGCUAUUUCCCACCUUUUGAAGACCUGCCUAUCGAAGAGUUCCAAGGAGCAGGCUUUGAACCUCAGCAGCCAGUUGAGCAUACCCAAAGACACAAGCCGAUUGAAGAAACAUAUCACCUUGCUGUGCGAUCGAUUAGCCAAAGGUGGACGUCUCUGCCUAAGUACUGAUGCAGCAGCUCCGCAGACCAUGGUCAUGCCAGGUGGCUGUGCUACGAUCCCAGAAUCAGACCUAGAAGAAAGAUCAGUAGAGCAAGACUCCACUGAACUGUUUACCAACCGCAAACACCUCAUCGUGGAGACGCCCAUGCCUGAAGUUUCACCCCUCCAAGGAGUUUCAGAAUAGCUGAAGUAGAGUUGUUUGGUUGAGGGGAAGAUGGCCUUCCCAAGGCUGAUCAUGUGUGGACCUCAUGCCAAGCACAGAUGAAGGUGCUUCAUACAGCUCACCUGCCAGGAGAUAACAAUAGGUAGAGAUGGGGAUGGGGACUUUUAAUUUUUCUAGGAGGACUUGUAAUACUAUGGGCAAGUCAGUUGAACUUGUCUUACCAGGAAAGGAUGUUGCUGCUUUUUGGUCAUCUGUAUGCUUUCAGCCACAGUAUAUAGUGAGAUGACAUCUUUGGGGGGCAGACUUUGUAAUGCAAAGACCCAGAUCCUACUUGAUACCCCAGUUUUUUCACAGAAUUCUUAUGUAUUAAAUGUAUCGAGUUUAAUAAAAGCAUCUCAUUGUCAAACAAUAUCUUGGAUUUGAUUUAUAAUCAGAGGGUUAUAUAGUUGAUUUCUUUAUUUAUUUAAAGUGAAGAAGUUGAACGGAACUAAAAAUGUUGCUUCUCCACAGUAAGACUUGAAUGUGGUUAUUUUAUAAAUACAAGAAACUACUAUUAGGCUAAAAGUGGGAAAAGGUGAGUUUUCUAGUAUUGCAUGAAAAUGUUAAAAUAUUUUCAAGGAAGCUAGUACAUUAACAUCCUCUUUCAUUACCCCAAUGGGAGAUACCUUUUAAAAAUCCAGGUUAUAGAAGGAUUCACACUUUAUUAUAAUUAAAAUGUAAGGUUUUCAUAUGCAGGAAAUAGAGGAGAUUUUGCCAAUUUCGAGUUAAAAUUACAGUUGCAAGACUGAUUUAUUUAAAUAAAAAUAUGUCUGUGCCAGUU